ACAGGGAGAGAGAGAGGAGGGAGGUCUCGCGUGCCCGCGCCUCGCCGUCAGACCCGCCGCCAGCGCCGCCGACGUAACAGCUGUUCGCGAGUCCCGCCCGCGCUGGUCUCGCUCCGAGCAACUGUUGGGACAGCAGCCGGUCAGGACGACAGGUAGCAGCCUUCGCCACAGGCGGCGAGAGAAGUAGGCUACUUCAGUCCGGGAUCAGCGAGGAACGAACAUGAGGGUCCCCAAGAUGGCGCUGGCGCGCAGGGACCGCCCGGCCCCGCACUCGUGUGGGCUGGGCCCGUUCCGCCCGCGCUGGCUCCAGCGGCUGGCCAACACUAAGUGCUUCCUGAUUAUCUACGGCCUGACGGGCAGCAUCCAGGCCAUGUCGCACAUCUACACCUCGGCCACGCUCACCACGCUCGAGAAGAGGUUCAAGAUCCCCAGCCGCAUCAUCGGCGUGCUGAUGAGCGGCAACGAGGUGAGCCAGAUCCUGCUGUCCGUGGUGAUGGCCUACCACGGCGGGCGGGGCAACAGGCCGCUGUGGAUGGCCUGGGGGGUGGUCUUCUCGGGGCUGUCCUCCUACAUCCUGGCGCUGCCCCACCUGCUGUACGGGCCGGGGGAGGAGGCCUUGUCGCUCACCGAGGAGUUCCUGGACCUGGCGGCGCUCAACUCCUCCGACCACUCGCGCAAGGAGAAGCCGCUGCUCUGCACGACCAACAGGACCCUGGAGGGGAUGUGCAGCCAGGCAGACUCCAGCGGGGAGUACUCCUGGACCCCUCUGGUGCUCAUCUUCCUGUCGCAGUUCGUGCUGGGCAUCGGCAUCACGCUGGUGCACGCGCUGGGCCAGACCUACAUCGACGACCACACCGAGAAGAGCAACACGCCCAUCCUGCUCGGCGUGUACAUGUCGCUGAGGAUGCUGGGACCUGCCGUGGGUUUCGCCUUCUCCUCGUUCUGCCUGAGCCUCUACAUCGAUCCAACACUGACGCCGGUCAUUCAGCGCAAAGACCCGAGGUGGCUGGGCGCAUGGUGGCUAGGCUGGCUGGUGCUGGGCACCGUGAAGAUCGUGUUCGGCGUGCUGCUGGCCUUCUUCCCGAAGGAGCUUCCUCCCAAGGAGAACAAGAAGGCGGUUGAAGGAGGCGUCGAUCCGUCGGCGACAGACGCCGAAGUCUCCGGGAAUAAGCCGAAGCCCCAGAGCAACGGGACCAUCGUCGAGAAGGACACCGCCGUCUCGCCCGGGUCGGAGAAGCAGGCGGACCAGGAAGGAGACGGCUUCUACGAAACGAUGGUGCGACUUCUGAAGAACAAGAUCCUGAUGAGCAACAUAUUCGCCGCCAUAUUCUUCAUCAUAGGAGGAUCCGGAAGCAUGACGUUCUCCAUGAAGUACCUGGAGACGCAGUACCACGUAUCGGCGGCCGGCGCAAGCAUGUUAGCAGGCACGACCACCUUGCUGGCCAUGGUGGUGGGCUUCCUGGUGUCCGGACUGGUGAUCGGCAAGUUCAAGCCGCGACCGCGCCUCAUCCUGGGGUGGAACGUGGUGCUGGGGUUCGUCAGCGUGGCGGGCUACGUCAGCUACGUCUUCCUGCGGUGCGAGGACCGCGGACUGCACGGCCUGGACGUGGCCAGCGGCGCGACCGACUUCGUGAACGAGUGCAACGUGGACUGCGGCUGCGCCAACGUCAGGUACCAGCCAGUGUGCGACGUGGAGAAGGACGUAACCUUCUACUCGCCGUGCCACAUCGGCUGCCGCGCCUCUCGCCUCGACCCCAACGGCACGAAGACGGUCUUCACGCACUGCGACUGCGCGCCCGGCGCCAGGGGAGCAGACCUCCCCGCAGGAGACGACGGGCUGGUGGUGGCGAACGGGCCCUGCGCCGUCGACUGCUCGCGGGUCAUCUUCGUGUACAUCGCCAUCGGCUUCGUCGUGCACGUGCUGGGCAGCUCCGGCCGCAUCGGCAACGUGCUCGUCAACUUCAGGUGUGUGUCGCAGAAGGACAAGGUAGUGGCACAAGGAUUUGGACUGAUGUUACUUAGCCUGUUCGCCUUCAUUCCUGGGCCGAUCAUUUUCGGAGCAAUCAUCGACUCCACUUGUCUGGAGUGGGACUCGUCCUGCGGCUCCAAAGGAAACUGCUGGCUGUACCACAAGGACAAGUUCCGACUGUACUUCAACGUCACGGCAGUGGCGCUGACGACCCUGGGCACGCUGCUGGACCUGGUGGUGUGGUACCUGGGCGCCAGGCUGGACCUGUACGGCGAGCAGCAGGAGCCUGGCCAUGGGGCCCAGGUCGCCGAGAAGUACUCCCAGCUAGACCUGGGGGACGACCUCAAGGCGCGGCCAGAGGCUUGCCCCAGCGUCGCGUAGCGCUGCCAGGCCGCCCGCUCGCCGACCACCUCUUCACUCCCCUUACCCCUCCCCCCCACAUUCCCCUUCCCCUACCUCCCCCCUCCCCUCUUCACUCCCCUUCCCCCUCCCCCUCCCACAUUCCCCUUCCACUACCUACCCCCUACCCUCUUCACCGCCUUCCCCUUCCCCCUACACCUUCCGCCUUCACACCUUCCCCUUCCCUCUUCACCUCCUUUCUCAUCACCCUACACCCUCUUCCUUCACAAACUCCCUUCCCUCUUCACUUCCUUCCCCUUCUCCCUCCCCCUCCUCCUCCCCACCUUUCCCUUCCCUCUUCACCAUCAUCCCCUCCCCCUCCUCCUACCCCUUCCCCUACUAACUUACCCUUCCCUCUUCACUUCUUUCCUCACCCCCUCUCCCAUCAACCCCUUCCCACCUUCCCCCUUCACCUACCCCCUUCCCUCUUCACCUCAUUCCCCGUCCCCCUCCCCCUUACCCUUCUCAUCCUUCCCCAUUUCCCCCUUACCACAUUCUCCAUUUGCCACUUCCCCCAUUCCCCCUUUCCCCCUCCUUUACCAUUCACCACAAACACGCGUCCACGUCUUCAUUCACCUCGCUUCCUCGCAUGUCUGUUCUGCUUGCCCUGACACCAUUUCUUGAAUUUGUGUCAUUGUGGUUUUAACCACUGUGUUUUUUUUUUUCGUGGGGGAAAAAUAAAAUUUCAUAAAUGCAAAAUAAGAGAACAAGCCUGAAUCAUCCCAGCGGUGAACCGAAACAGGUGUCGAAGACAACACAACGAUGUCAGCACAAGCGAAAACACAUUCAAUGCUAGACAGCACAAGAAUUAUCCGGAUGGAAUUUAUCAGUAGGGGGAAAAAUAUAAUAAUGACAGCACAGACGAACACAGUGGCACGUUGAGACAUUUUUUUUUUACAAUAACAGAAAAUGCAGACGGACAACAAAACGUCGAGAACGCAGCAAAUACACGAUACCAACGAUGAAGAUGAACGUGUAUUAUGGACAAAACCACAACACCGACGAACACAGUAGGUUUCACUUGAUGUAAGUUUUUGGACAUACGCCAUUGCUAAGAACGUUUUCUGUUGAAGAAAAACUAAUAAAUAAAAUAAAUAAAAAUACACAAGAAAGACAAAAAACACACAAAAUUAAGCAAACAAUUGCUGUUGUCAACAAGAAUAUAAACACCACAAACAAGAUAACACAGUAGGUUUCCUACGACAAUAGUUGAGAGGUUUCGGCGAACUGGCAUCUGUUCCUGCUGUCAGGCACAAACAGACUGACAGAUUAAUUUAUACAUUUUUCCAAUAACAAACAGUGCAAAACUGCAAUGGUGAAUGUCCAAGAGAUUGUAUUAAAUCAAAAUUCCCAAUUGCAUGAAUUCUUUUAAAUGAACGUUCUCUGUUCGGUAAAAAAUUUUGCAAUCGAUUUUAAACUUACUUCCCGUUCAGCUAGAGACAUUGCGACUUUAAAUAUAACUCAGAAUUGGAUGGUGGGAUCGCUCCUAAAAUUUCGCGCGAUGAAAACGUGGCGGACGUUGCCGAUGUCCGACGAGACUUUAUCGGAGGAAUUCCGCUGGCUCCGCCAAUGCAUUCGGUCAGUAUUCAGGUAAGCGUAAAGUCAAAGCAUAAUUUUUUUUUUCAAAUCCAGAAAAAAAAAACCCAUGGUAACUUUGGUAAUUAAUUCAAAAAAUAUAUAUUUAUUCAGACAAGGCCGCAAUGAAAAAGGCGUACACUACCUACUAGAAUAGGAAAGACUUCAGUUCUUCGAAACUUGGAACGUUCCCAGGAUCAAUACAAUUAUUACAUGAUGUACAACACUCUCAAACCAAGGCGUUUACGAUUUGAUUUUUAUAACUUAUACAGUCGUUGAUUUGGAAAAAAAAAAUUGUAAGAAAUAUCUUACAUUAAGUAUAUAAAAUAUAUGUGUAAAUUUUGUACAAAGGGCUGAUAUGAUAACUGUAAUACCUUUCUUCAGGGUAAAAAAAAAGUUUGUUGGAUGACUAUAUUGUACAUAGUAUGUGUUAUCAAUAAAAUGAACAUUUUAUCUGA